UUCAAGAAAGAAGUUGAAAACGAAAGGGAAAAGAAAAUAUUAAAAAAAAGAGGAAGUUGAAGGAAAAGAUAACGGAUAAAGUGAAGGUGGAAUCUCGCAUCGGAAAGCACUGCGAAAAUAAUUCAGUGCAUAAAUUGUUGUUCAUCGACUUCAAAACCCUAGAUUCAUCAUUCAAUUCGCGGUGGUGAACUCAGAAAAUGGAUCAAUUAAACAACGGCGCGAUGUAUCAAUCGAAUCACCUUUCAAAUCAUUGUUUAGCAGAGUUAAAUCAGCUGCCUUCUGAUAUUGCCAUGCCUUCUAAUGGCUUCCAUUCUGAAUCCAGCACUAAACAACAGCCAGAAGCAGAACUCAAAGAUUCUCUGGCUGCAAGAAAAGUGCAGAAGGCAGAUCGAGAAAAAUUAAGGAGGGACCGCUUAAAUGAGCAGUUCAUGGAAUUAGGAAAGACUCUUGAUCCUGAUAGGCCUAAAAAUGACAAAGCAUCCAUCCUUAAUGAUACUGUUCAAAUGCUGAAGGAUUUGACUGCUCAGGUCAGCAGACUAAAAUCUGAGUACGCUGCACUUACUGAUGAAAGCCGUGAGUUGACCCAGGAGAAGAAUGAUCUUAGAGAAGAGAAGGCAUCUCUUAAAUCUGAUAUUGAGAGCCUUAAUGCCCAAUAUCAACAAAGAGUAAGGACUAUGUAUCCAUGGGCUGGGAUGGAUCAUUCCAUGGUCAUGCAUCCACCUUCAUAUUCGUAUCCGAUGCCUGUUCCAGUUCCAGCUGGACCAGUUCCAAUGCAUCCAUCUCUGCAGCCCUAUCCUUUCUUCAGCAAUCAAAAUCCUGCAGUUGUUCCAAACCCCUGUUCGUCUUUUGUUCAAUAUAUGACUCCCAAUACGUUAAUUGAACAGCAAUCGGCUCAGUAUAUGUCUCCAAUAAUCCAACCUAGUAGUAUGACCAGACAAGACUCUAGAAACAAGUCAUCAGAUCAAGGAGAGAGCAGGAUUGAGAAAAGUGAAGAUUCCAAUGAAGUGGCAACAGAUUUAGAGCUCAAGACACCUGGAUCUGCAUCUGAUCAGGACCAUUCAUCUGGACAAAGGAAAUCCAAAAAGAUGUCAAAGAAUGAUAACAGCCUCACAGAUGGAAGUUCGUCAAGUAGAUGUUCGUCAUCCCAUAGCGUACAGGCCAUUUCUUCAAAUAGUGUAGUUAGGGGAACAAAGACAGAUGAUUGACAUUUGGGACAGAGUAGGAACCAGGUUAUUACCAUUUUUAUUGCUUCUUUUUUCGUCUGGUCCAUCUGUGUUAUCAAAAGGUUUACAAUACCGAGUCAGGAAGCUGUUGCUGGUGCAAUGGGUUCUGAAUUUGGAUAUUUCUCAUUGUAUUUCCCUAACAGUUCUAAGGGGGUCAUACCAUGGAGGCUAGAGCUGUUGUUUCUGGAAAAUAAUAUUGAAUGCAAGGGAAAUGUAGAUAUCCUGUCCAUGAAAGUACUAGUGUUACAUAAUGCCAGAAAACUCACCAUCAUUCAUCGCCUCGCAUACCUAAUCUUUACACCUCUAAGAUCUUGUAUCCUUUCCGAGCGUGAAUGUGAUUAAAUUCUGAAUUUUGGUGAAAUAAGCAGGUUUAUUUGACUGAGGUAUGUCUUUGAAUUAAGACCUCUCGUGAAGACUUGCCAAGUUCUCUGGAAUUUUCAGUUAACCGCAUACUUCAAGGUUACAAUGCACGAUAGAACUAUAAAAUAUGUUUUCCGUCAUGAUCAGUACGACAGAUUGUAUGGGAAGGAUUCAUCAUUGAGUUUAUCUGAACUGCCAUUGGAUUGUAUGGGAUCUUUCACUAUUGCCGGCAGCUUUUGCUGACGUGGAAAAACAUAUACUUCUUUUAUCAUUUUAUGCAAGUUUUUAUCCAGCGGAGUGAAAAAUUGUCAAAGCAUCUGGUUCUUCUGUUAGAGUCUUGGAGAUGAACACACAAUUAGUUUA